AUGUCCACUACAACCGAUACCAAAGCACCAGUUGUUGACCACUCAAUUACAAAUUCCGAUGUUGUCGCCAAGUACAAAACAGCAGGAGAAAUUGCAAACAGGGUUUUAGCACAAGUAAAGAAAGCAGCUGUUGAUGGAUCGAAAACUUACGACUUAUGUGUCAAAGGUGAUGAGUUAUUGGAAGAAGAAUUGUCAAAGAUCUACAAUUCUAAAAAGAGCAAGAAUACUGCAAAGGGCAUCGCAUUUCCAACAACAGUGAGCCCCAACAAUGUUCCUGCCCAUUUGGCUCCUAUCACUGCUGACGACGAUGGGAACAUUGAGUUGAAAAAUGGCGAUGUUGUGAGUAUUCAAUUAGGUGCCCAAAUCGAUGGCUUCCCAUCAAUUGUUGGUGAAACGUUUGUUGUCGGUGAGGCAGAAUCAAGUGGUCCAAUCACCGGACAAAAAGCAGACUUGUUGCAAGCUGCUUGGAUAGCUUCAGAGGCAGCCUUGAGAACUUUCAAACCAGGUAACAAGAAUUGGGAUAUUACCAAUAUUGUUGCUAAGGUUGCUAAAGAAUUCGAUGUUACUCCAUUAGAGAAUAUGUUGUCCCACAACCAAGAAAGACUUGUAUUAUAUGGCCCAAAGGAAAUUAUCUUAAACCCCUCAAAACAAAACAAAAACAGCAUGGACACUCACAAGUUUGAAGAAAAUGACGUUUACGGUUUAGAUAUUUUGAUCUCAACUUCAAAAGAUGGUAAAGUUAAGCCAUCAAAUUUUAGAACUUCGUUGUACAAAUUGACAGGUGAGUCUUAUGCUUUGAAAAUGAAGAUGUCCCACAAGAUCCUUAGCGAGUUCAAAGGCAAGUGCAAUAGCCUUCCUUUCCCAUACAAUAUCCGUAAUUUAGAGGACCCUAAGAGAUCGAGAGGAGGUUUGGCAGAGCCGGUAAAUCACAAGAUCCUUCUACCUUACGACGUGGUUGUUGAGAAGGAUGGUGAGUAUGUUGCCCAAUUCUACACAACUUUUGGAAUCACUAAAACUGGUAUUGUCAAGUAUGCCAGCCCUGUUUUCGAUUCAGAAUUAUAUCAAUCAGAUAAAAAAGUUACCGAUGAAGAAAUAUUGAAACUUUUACAAGAACCAUUAAACUCAAAAGUUCCAAAAAAGAAAAACUAA